GUGUUAUCAAGUUGUACUCCGAGCAAGGUGUUAAAGUCCCUCCGAUUGAGCUGGACACCAUACCGGUCGGUGUACCGAUAGAGCAUCUGCCGUUACCCGAUUCUAGUGCCUCCGAUACAUCCAACGAGGAUUCAAGUUCCAUACAGGAAGAGAGCAACAGCCGAGAGAGCGAAUCCGGGGAAGCUGACUUCGAAUCGCACACGUUCUUAUUUCGAGCACCUGGAGAGGAAGGACUUGCAUCGCAAACGCCAAUGAUCAAAAGCAGAAAACGACUGUUUUAACUGUGUCUUCAAGCAUCGACGCACAUUGUGUUAUCAUAAGAUUAUAUACCCUCCACGAUGGCCACUAUACCGGCAGUGACUAGGAUUUCUUCCCGUCUGAUACGUAUUCUGGGCUGUAAUCCGGGUCCGAUGACGCUUCAAGGCACGAAUACGUAUCUCAUCGGAAGUGGACGAAAGCGCAUACUGCUAGACACUGGUGAUGCAAACGUGAAGGAUUACAUCGGGCAUCUGCGGACUGUUCUGAUGGACGAACGGGUUCUAAUCAAUGACAUAAUCAUAUCUCACUGGCAUCAUGAUCAUGUUGGAGGUGUGGAUGACAUCCUGGACUUCAUCGACAAUAAAGGUAUUUUUUUAAAUGAUCACACAUGCAACGUGUGGAAGUUUCCCCGUUCCGAUGCACCGGAGCCUGAAGUGCGUAACACAACGAUCAAACAGUUAAAAGACGGACAAAUAUUCACCACCGAGGGGGCCACGCUGAAGGUUAUUCACACUCCUGGCCACACGACCGAUCACGUCGUAUUGGUUCUUCAAGAGGACAAUUCGCUUUUCAGCGCGGAUUGCAUCCUCGGCGAGGGAACAACCGUAUUCGAAGAUCUCUAUCUGUACAUGAAAAGCCUCGAAACGGUGUUGAACGCGAAGCCAUCAAUAAUUUAUCCAGGGCACGGGAAUAUCGUGAAUGAUCCUGUCGAGCGCGUUACGGAAUACAUCAAUCACCGGAACCACCGUGAGAAACAAAUUUUUGGCGUGUUCGAGGAGAACCCUGACAAGCAGUACAACGAAAUGGACGUCGUGCGAGCGGUGUACAAGGAAACCCCGGAACACCUUUGGACAGCGGCCGCCUAUAACGUGAAUCAUCAUUUGAAAAAACUCACCAUCGAGGGUAAACUGCUCGAAUGUGUGGACGGUGAGGGUGGAAACUGCUGGAAGUACGUAGCGGCAGCUUCUCUCUGAACCGCGCGCGAUGAUGGCCAUGAUUGUGUA